AUGACGAACGUUUCAGCCUCAUUUAUAUCCGAUCUGAUGAUCAGCAUGGCUAGAGCUACAGCUUCACCGUAUCAAUUUCUUAUCGUCCAUCGUGACGCCAUCCCGUCCAUCUCCAUCACAGAGGGUGCUGCAGAAUUACCUGCGCAGAUCCAAGGCAAACUGGUGUCGCAGCUGCACCUCCGGCCACUGGACCAGAGGAUAGUCAACAUGGUCUACAGCAAGGUCAUGGUAGAGCCCGUUACACACCCUCAUAUUGUCACGAUAUCGCCCACCGCAUGCGCAUUGCUGGGUGUGGAUGGCGAGGCUACUCUGGCGAAGGAGGCGGAGUUAGCUGCCAACCUCAUGUCCGGUAAUCAGGCGAUAGAGGGGUCGCAGUCUACGGCGCAUUUAUACUGUGGCCAUCAGUUCGGGAACUUUGCUGGACAGCUGGGAGAUGGAAGGGCACAUUCGAUGGGGCGAGUGGUCUCACCGCUUGCUGGGCACAUGGACAAGGGCGGCUUUGACGCGUCUUUCGGACCGUUCGUUGAGCUACAGUUCAAGGGCUCCGGUCGCACACCUUAUUCGCGCACGGCCGAUGGCAGAGCUGUGUUGAGAAGUAGUAUCAGAGAAUUCCUAUGCUCCGAGUACAUGGCUGCCUUACGGAUUCCCACCACUCGAGCAGCGAUUUUGGUGAACUCAGACACACAGGUGACCAGAGACCCCCUGUAUGUAGGGAAGCCAAUCCGCGAAAACGCUUCCAUCGUCAGUCGUAUUGCACCUUCGUUCUGGCGAGUGGGAUCGUUUGAGAUCUUCACUGCGGGUAAGAAUGGGGUGGAGGGCCCCUACGCCGGGGAAAUCGACCGUUGCUCAGAUAUGCUCGACUUCUACAUUAAGCAGCAUUUCAGUCACAUCUGGAAGAAGUUUCCGCACGGCAAGCCCAGAUAUAUCGAGUUCUUCUCCGAAGUCUGUGCUCGAAAUGCGCGCACCGUGGCCAUGUGGCAGAGUGUUGGGUUUGUACACGGAGUGCUAAACACGGACAACAUAUCUCUGCUCGGCCUGACACUGGACUACGGGCCGUUUGGCUUCAUGGACAGUUUCAACCCGCACUAUGUACCCAAUUACAGCGAUACGGACGAGAGAUAUGCAUACGAGAACCAACCUAAAAUGAUAUACUGGGGACUUGGUAAGCUGGCAAAGGCGAUCUCAGGUGUCGUGCCUCUGGAUGAAUUGAUUGCUAAAUUAAAUCAGGUUUUCUGGCCAGUGUACGUGGACCACUUUCACUCCAUCGUGAUGCGCAAGUGGGGUAUGGUGGGCCGUGAUAUGAAGAAGAGAAAAGCCGCCACUCAACAGGCAGAAAAGAAAAAUGCCUCUGCAGGAACAAACGGGGUCAACGAAGAUAGUGGGAAGGUGGAUUCCAGCUCACUGAAAGUACCCCAGGCAAAGAAAAACUCCGCAUCGACAUCUAAAACUGCUUUUGCAGAUGCCGAUGUGUUAGAUGACGCCAUCUACGACAAUGACGAGAAGCUCAUCAGCAGAAUGAUGCAGACCAUGGAGGAGACGGGGGCGGAUUUUACCAACACUUUCAGAUGCCUGUCGAACAUUGUAGCUCACGAAGAUGGACCUGAAAGCCCGGAAUCACUUAGCUCGAGAGAAAAUGUGUUGGACUACAUAGUGUCACAGUUAGAUGACGGUCGAGAAAUGGCCAAUACAAUGCCAUACGAGGUAGAAUACCUUAAGGUGUUGUCUACAUUCCCAGUAGAACACGACGAUGUGCUACUGGCACUAACAGGCAAGCACGUUGACUACUUCAAGCAAAGAAUGGAGUCAGUGGCACGUGCAAAGCGUCUGGCCGCCGUUUCGCCGUUCCAAAAGGAUGAUGAGGACAGAGCUAAAUGGGCCGCGUGGCUGAAACAGUACCAAUCGUAUGUAAAUGAUGAUUGGAAACUGGCCGAAGCCUCUGGCGCGACUCUGACUGAGUACAACACGCAGCGAGUCACCAUCAUGAACACGACAAAUCCUAAGUUCUGUCUAAGAAAUUAUAUGGCGCAGAGUGCCUUCGAAAAGGCAAAGCUGGGAGAUUUCACUGAAUUGCAAACGUUGACCAAAAUUCUGAGUCGUCCUUUCGACGAGUGGGAACAAUAUGAAUCAUUGAAAUAUGACAGACACGCCUCUUCAUUACGAAUGUGCAUCAGUUGCUCGAGUUAAAACGUCAGCCCAAAAUAAAGACGCACGAGAUCUUGGUACAGAAACAUAAUCAGACAGAAUCAGCUACCUAUUGCUUAGACGAAACUGCCUUAUAGUGUCGUCUAUUCAUUAUAUUUACGUACAUAUAUAGCGUCAAUUUGAGCAGCUGCCAUGGAGCGUUAUAUCUCCUGACGAAAUAGAUGUCAUUAUAAAACGAGAGGCG